CCGGGUAUGGUGUGAGAUAGCAGUGCCAAACUUCCUUUGCUAUGAUGAAUCUUCUUAUGUGUUUAUGCUGUGUGCUCCUGGAUCUGACAGCAGCCCAUAGCGGCGUGCUGGUGCAGGAUCGUAUAGUCGGUGGUCACACUGCUGCCCCAAACUCCAUCAAAUACAUUGUGUCAGUGCAGAGCGCCAAUGGCCAACACUUCUGUGGCGGAUCACUGGUUCACAGGUACUGGGUUCUGACCGCAGCGCACUGUAACAUAGGGACAGACAAGAUGAUGAUUGUGGCAGGCGACUACAAAGUGAAUCUCUUUGAGGGCACUGAGCAGUAUGCCAAACCCCAAAGGCUGGUCAUCCAUCCACUGUACAACAGAAGUACCAACAAUGCUGACAUCAUGCUCAUUAAGCUGCGGGCCCCCAUGGUCCUGAACAAAUUUGUGUCACUGGCGCCUCUUCCCAGACAGGGGACAGGCGUGGUUGAAGGCCACGCGUGUCAGGUGUCUGGAUGGGGCUACAACAAUUUGGGCGGAGGCCAGGUCCCAGUCACUCUCAGGACAGUCACAGUGCCCAUUGUGUCAACCGCAAGAUGUAACAGCAGCGACUCCUUCAGUGGAAACAUAACAACAAACAUGAUCUGCGCAGGCAACCGGGCUGGAGGAAAAGACGCAUGCAAGGGGGACUCUGGUGGGCCACUGGUGUGCAGAGGACAGGUCUAUGGUUUGGUGUCAUGGGGCAAUGGCUGUGGUAAUGCAAAGUUUCCUGGAGUCUACACGGCAGUAUCCAGAUUUCGCCGCUGGAUAGACCAAACCAUCUAUGGGUCAUAUCUGCGCUGUUCGAGAUACUAGUGGAGCUAUAAGAGCAAAAUGUAACAUUUGCCAUUUGGGCCUGGCAUCAGUCAUCUUUUUUUAAACUGUCAAAUGAUCAGAAGUGCUUUUUCUGAAAAUCUGAAGUGCUGCUUUGGAGUAAUUUUUCCUAUAUUUUCAAUUGCAGUGUGAUGUAAUGGACCUCACUCUAUGGCAUUAGCGAGUAUUAGCACAAGUCUGUGUGCCAGCUACAGUAAUAGUAGGUUUCUUUAUAUGGUGCAAUUUGCACUCUUAUACUUAUGUAACUAGUAAAUGUCACAACCUGUAAGAAAUAUAAUCAUUUAGAGAAGAUGCAGAGAUAAGAGGUUGUCCGAUUUGAAUGCCAAGUUAACAUGAACAGACAAAAGCAAGUCUGUAUUAUUUAAAUCUAAAGAUGCAGAUGUGGUCCAUAUUUGUGCAAAUAAAAUAAGUACAUUUUGAUUUAGCCGUGUUUUUUUGUUUAAACAAUCCACUGCCACACAGGCCUGACAGA